GGCAAAGCCAUCCGCACGUGACAAAACGUAAGGAAGUGGAAGAAACCGUCUAGAGCAAUAUCAAGUACCACUUAUUAGAGAUUUUUUAGCCUUUUCCUCUUGCUGCGCCGGGUGUGUGAUCCGGGCGAGCAGAGUCCAUUCAGCACCUUGGACAGAGCCAACGGAUUUGUCCGAGGUGGUAGUACUCCAGGUAUCCUUCUUUUCCUCGCUGUCGAGCCAACCCGGUGUCGCCCUUAAAAAGCGUCUUUUCCGAGGUUUGGCUCACACUGAGAUCGGGGCUGGAGAGGGAGUCAGAUUUUGGAGCGGAGCGUUUGGAGAGCGAGCCCCAGUUUGGUCCCCUCAUUGAGCUCCCUGAAGUUGGCUUCCUAGCGGUGUAAGCUGGAAUAGACUCUUGGCAAGCACCGGGUUGGUAUACUGGGUUAACUUUGGGAAAUGCAAGUGUUUAUCUCCAGGAUCUAGCCACCGGGGUGGUGUAAGCCGCAAAGAAGUUCCACCAGGUGAGAAGAGUGAUGACCAUCCUUUUCCUAACUAUGGUUAUUUCAUACUUCGGUUGCAUGAAGGCUGCGCCCAUGAAAGAAGCAAACGUCCACGGACAAGGCAGCUUGGCCUACCCAGGUGUGAGGACCCAUGGGACUCUGGAGACUGUGAAUGGGCCCAAGGCAGGUUCGAGAGGUCUGACGACAUCAUUGGCUGACACUUUUGAACACGUGAUCGAAGAGCUGUUGGAUGAGGACCAGAAAGUUCGGCCCAACGAAGAGAACAAUAAGGACGCGGACUUGUAUACUUCCCGAGUGAUGCUCAGCAGUCAAGUGCCUUUGGAGCCUCCUCUGCUCUUUCUGCUUGAGGAAUACAAAAAUUACCUGGAUGCCGCAAACAUGUCUAUGAGGGUCCGGCGCCACUCCGACCCUGCCCGCCGUGGGGAGCUGAGCGUGUGUGACAGUAUUAGCGAGUGGGUCACAGCGGCAGAUAAAAAGACUGCAGUGGACAUGUCGGGUGGGACCGUCACAGUCCUGGAGAAAGUCCCUGUAUCAAAAGGCCAACUGAAGCAAUAUUUCUACGAGACCAAGUGUAAUCCCAUGGGUUACACGAAAGAAGGCUGCAGGGGCAUAGACAAAAGGCACUGGAACUCGCAAUGCCGAACUACCCAGUCGUACGUGCGGGCCCUGACUAUGGAUAGCAAAAAGAGAAUUGGCUGGCGUUUCAUAAGGAUAGACACUUCCUGUGUAUGUACACUGACCAUUAAAAGGGGAAGAUAGUGGAUUUAUGUUGUAUAGAUUAUAUUAAGACAAAAAUUAUCUAUUUGUAUAUAUACAUAACAGGGUAAAUUAUUCAGUUAAGAAAAAAUAAUUUUAUGAACUGCAUGUAUAAAUGAAGUUUAUACAGUACAGUGGUUCUACAAUCUAUUUAUUGGACAUAUCCAUGACCAGAAAGGAAACAGUCAUUUGCGCACAACUUUAAAAGUCUGCAUUACAUUCCUCAAUAAUGUUGUGGUUUGUUGCCGUUGCCAAGAAUUGAAAACAAAAAGUUAAAAAAAAUAAUAAAUUGCAUGCUGCUUUAAUUGUGAAUUGAUAAUAAACUGUCCUCUUUCAGAAAACAGACAAAAAAAAAAAAACAAAAACAAAAAUUUGAACCAAAACAUUCCGUUUACAUUUUAGACAGUAA